CGGGUCCGCGGAGAUCGCCAUCGGCGAGAGCGCUUCGACCAACCUCGGUGUGGCUUCGCACUUGUACGCGCUCCUCUCUGGCUGGGACGUGGCGGAGAUGCCCUGGUUGUCGCCGUGGGCCGAGCAGCUCCAGGAGAUGACCGAUUCGAUGAAGAACACGGUGGACUCGCUCACGCUUCAC